AAAUUUGGCCGGACGUCCCUACCAAAGAGCAUCCUCUUUGGCGUCGCGUCGACAUGGAGCCAAUGUAAACUAUUUCAUAGGCGUCAUGAAGUUCACCAUUUUUCCCGCUUGUGGCUCGCGGCCAUCUCGUGACUAUGGAGUUGGAGAACUAGAGACAUCACCCUACCUGACCCUAGCCACUGACCCUAUCUCGCCAAACUGCUGCGGGAGGGAAAGUCUUGAGUAAUGUUAGUUGAAACCUGCGUGAGAGAUGCUGCCGUCAUAAUGUGAGUGUUUAAAACGUGCCUCGUGUGCAUAAAGAAACGGUGUUUCAACUGGAUGAUGGCAUCCGUGUUAUCCGGGAAAGGAUACAUGGAUGCAGCAAACAAUCAAAAGGGUGUCGCUGCCCCUGGGGCUGGCAGCAGCCCUGCGAUUGACAAGGGAAAAGAAUGGCAGAUGGAGCUUCUCAUGGAAAAACUUCGAUCUAAAGCUUCAUCUUUCAAGUCCUUUGUUGAAAUUGCAAAGAAUCUUCGCAUGGCUAUGUUGGAUAAACGAUUUGCCCUAGACAGUGUGGAAAAGAACCAACUACAAAAAUGUCUGGAUACUUUGCAACAUUCCAUAAAAGUCACUUCUCUACAAUCUAUGGUUGAGCGUUUGGAGAGCCUAACCAGGCAGCUAGGGCUCCACUUUAGGCCAGGGCCGACUGGUACAGAACUAUUCAUAUCUUCCGAUAUGUUUUAUCUGGAAGUUGUAGUAGAAUCCACUGGUGUGGUUAAAGAUGUGAAAAUUCAUCAUGAAGGAAAAAACGAACAGCAGAGUUGUGAAGAGCUGGUUGCCUGCCUCUCUCGGGGAGAUUUUGUUGAUUUUACUGCUCAGCUUGAGGGGCUUGCCUCAAUUUAUCAGCUAAACGCUGAAAAGAAAGUGAAAUGUAAAGCCUUCAGUGCCCUGCAAUCACUUGAAGCUGACUUGGGAAUUCUGGCUCAGCUACAAACGUUUAUGAAAGAACCAUUCAAUCUCGUGCACAAAAGCCCAGUUGGGAUCUUGGAGAGGCGAAAAGGAGGACAUGCCAUGAAACUCACGUAUUUUGUAUCCCCGUAUGACUUGAUUGAUCAGGAUAGUCGCAGUUGUGAUAUCCUGAACUGCGAAACGAUUAUCAUGCGGAAAAUCGGUCAUUCUGUCACAGUUUGUAUGGAAGGAUCGACUGCACAUAAACUACCAACAUCUAGCAUUAUAACAGUUAAUCGAAGCCCUACUGGAAAGAGCACUCCAUCAUAUGCGCCGCUAACUGGUACAAAUUCGUCAAUGUUACCAGCGUGUUUCAUCUUGAAACUGGCAAAAAAAAUGCCAAUGUGCCUAGAAUUAUUACGCAGAAUUCAGAAAGUGACGGAACUAGAAUGUGGGGAUAUCUCAUCUCCACAUCCAUUACUAAGUCUGGUAGUACAACAUGCAAGUGAUGGCCAACUGGAUUGUCACAAUAACAGGGGGCUCUUUGUGACUCUGCCAGAUCAGCAGCACUGCUAUUUCAUGACAGAAAACCGGAGCAUGGAAGGGGUGCUGGUUAGCAGUAUUCCAUUCACCCAUCCUGCUCACGUACCUCAAAUCCUUGUAUAUCUUCGGCAGCAAGCACUUUUCAAUUCGUUACUUGCUAGUUGCGUCAGACCAAUGGCACGACAGGAUCCAGAACAUACAGUUAUGUUUGAAGUCAGUGCUUUAUCUUGGCAACAUCUAUCAGUCAGCCUUGAACAUCCGUUUGAAGAAACAAUGGCGACUGCGGAACUUGACUUAUCGGAUAUAUCUUCUCUAAAGUGUAAACUUUACGGAGUUAGUAUGAGUAACAGUGAAUCCUCUUCAGAACUUGCUGGAAAAGUGCUGCAAAGAUGCUUGAGCAUUCCGGUAACUAUGAGAACUUUGAUUAAAACUUGGGAGGGUAGGAAUUCUACUAAUUCAAAUUCUAUGGGAAGCAACGGAGGUAAUUAUAACGUAAAUUUGGGACCUGGUAGAGACCAGAAUGGGCAUAAUGGCUCCGGAAUGCCAGAUUUCAACAACGGUGACGUAAAGAUUAAACAAGAACCUGGAUUAAACGGCAAUGGAGGUAUCGGUAGGCAACAAUCGUCACAGCAGUCUUUUUUAGAAGCCGGAACGGAGAAUAGUAUCGGUUUUCCGUCUUUUUCCGGCAAUUCCGAUACAACCACAGCUAUGUUAAAUCCUCUACAAUUAGGGGCACUUCUUGGUCAAGCCAAGAACUCAGCGGGACUGAUUAACCCACUUGUUGACAAACAGUCUAAAAAGGCACGCAAAAGAAAAGCUGUCGAUGGACUUUGGAGAAGCCCCAAGAGGAAAGGGGAAGAGAUGGGUGAAAUACUGUUGGAAAGCUCUAGUUCGGAUUCCACACCCUUAGGCACACCCACAAGCAGAGACAAUCCAAAUGAGUUGAGAACUCCCACACCGACAUCGGCAGCCAGUAUAACAAGCGGUCUCGAUUUGUCUAAUCUCGACCCUGCUGAUAUAUUAGGGACUGACAAGAGUUCGGACUAUGAUAUGGAAAAUGAAACUGAAAUUAUGGAAGUUCACGAUUUGCAAGACGUUGAAGAAUUGCUGAAACGAGAAAGAAAAUCCAAAAAGCGGGAAGAUAAGAAGAGCCCAAACAUUUUUGAGGACAAUAAAAAUCUCGUACCACCAUCUGUUAGUAUAACGCCUAUUUCCAGCAGUGGAAUUCCGCAAUCGUCCAAUUAUAAUUCUGUAUUGACAGGCAUGGGGCUUGAAAGGCGACCAGGCAUUGAGAUUAUACCUAUAGCUUCGUCUCCACAAACUAGCCUUCCUAGCUCUAUCACCAUCACUCCGAUUGCUGGUCCAGCUUCAAAAAACUUAACAGAUGAGCGUAGGGACAGGAAGAGUUCGAAAAACAAGACCGACGACAAAAAUAAGCUUGAAAAAAAAAGGAAAAGGAAGAAAGAGGAUAGUCCUAUGGGACCACCUGACAAAUUACCGCUGAAGCCUGACCCUUUGUCGAAACCUGUUUCGGUGAGUAUUAAACCUACCGAAUCUCCUCCAAACCUGACAACAAGACCUUCAUCACCUGCAGCUACGCUCAGAAAAUUUAGUCCAUCUCCUACGCAUACUAGUCCGUUAGCUCUCGUUGGAAAAUCCAGUCCCACCCUGAAACAACCUGUUAACAAACCAAUACAAAGUCCGAAACAUUCACCUGUUUACAAUAGCCCUAAACAUACGACGAUACCAGCGAGCGUCAGCCCCAAGCACGGCACUUCAUCGCCAAAACAUGGGAGUUCAGCCAGCGCUGGAAAGCCUAGCAUGUCAGCUUUGAAGUCUGCUGCUAAUUCACCAUCAAGUAAAAGUAGCGAAGGCAUGCCUAAAGCAAAGUCUUCCAACAAAGACUCCAACAGAGAUAAGGAGAGAAAACCUUCAUCUCUGGCUUUUGGUGGGUCGGGUCACCAGAGUCCCAAAAUGAAAUCGUCUAGCACUAAACUAAAACAACUGGAUUUAAAUCCUAGUGCUGAGACACCUUCUUCUCUAUCAAGCAGUGGGGGCAGUACGCCUCCCUCUGGUGGCUCGGAUAUUGGAAAAUCUGCUACUGCUCAACAGCAAGCGCGAAAUCGUAAAGGUUCACUUAGCGCAGUCAUCGAUAAACUGAAAAAUGCUCAGCAUUGCACCGAUGAUGGAAACGGUGGGUCUAAGGGAAGUCAAAAAGAUCGUGCUAGUUCCACCAAAGUUGGAGAAGGUAAAAGCGGGAGCAAAACACCUGUAGAUACCAAAAAUCCAGCUGAAUACAUGGUUAAGCACAGCUCCGAUGGGAUGAAAAUCACAAUCAACAAAACUCGAACAAAGGAUUCCAAGUCAAGUCCUAAUAUCAAGUCAUCGUCGGGAACUUCCUCCAGUUCGGGAAGUGGGUCACCAAAAACUCACACUGGUUUAAAGCCAGGGGUUAAUUCAGGUCCAGCAUCUAAAAAACCACAGCAACAAGUUUCUCCAAAGCUACUCAGUAGUUCGGGCUCUGGGAACAGUGGGAAUAAAGCAAAUACUACCAGUCAAAAAGUGCCUUCUGCUCAAAAGUCUACCUCUGGAUCUAGCUCCAGUAGUGGUUUACCAACAAAAGGUAUUUCUACAAAGUCCUCUGGUUCUCCGAAAAUGAACAGUUCUGGUGCGACUGAUUUGAGUCGAAACAGAGACAAGCCCAGGCCACCAAAGUCUGGCGAAAAAAAUAUAUUUGGUUCUAAAAGCUCUGAUAUCAAGAAAACCUCUAGUCCCUCUGCCCUACGGGAAGAGAGCGAGAGUGAAAGAGCAUUCAAACUCUUGGCAGCGCAUGCCUCAAUGACAAAUUUACCCAAUUUACCACCUCAACUAGUUGUCGAGGGACUUAUGAAACAACUAGAUACAAAAUUUCAAAUACCGAAGUUAUCUGCUCGUACUAAUACGGAUGUAGAAAAAAAGCCCAUAGACAAAUUAACAAUAACAGAUACUAGUAACAAUAGAACUGAUGUUAAUAAACUUUUAGAUAGCCUAUCUACUAAAUCUGAAUCUACAAAAGUUCAAGCCGUUUCUUUGACUAAUGCAAAGCCUCCAGAUGAUAGGAGAGAGGUUCAAUCCAAACCAGACAACUUAUCAACAGCUUCAGUGUCAAUCACUCUCGGAAACAGCAGCCCUAGCUUGAUUAUGCCACCUCCAACUGCCAGUCCCCACGAUUCCGACGUUCCCACUAAUUUAUCCAUGCAGCCAGCAGAUACAGAAUCUCGAGAAACGAAGGAGGCUCCUAGCAGCAGACCAUCUCAAUUCCUCAAUUGCGUUCCACUAAAUGCCAGCAAAGAUGAAGUUGUACCAAAGAUAGAGCCCAUAUCCGCACCAAAAUCAUAUCCGCUGGCAAACAGUGGUGCAGAAAGCCUUAAUUUGAGUACUAAGCCAGCAGAUGCUGCACUAAAUAAGUACAAGGAAGAGAAAAAGCCUCCGAGUAUCUCCGUAGAUACUUCUACCAAGCCCCCAUCUUCUUCUCAAGAAGCUGCGGAAAUGCUGCUUGAUUUCUCUACUCCAAAAGAAGUACCUAAGCUAACUACUGUUCCCGAGAGAGCCAUGGCUCAAGCUGCCCCUGUUAGAAGGAAUACUCCACCACCUCCACCUCCGACUUUUCCCCCAAGUCCAUCGGUAAGUGUUCAUAUUGUAAAAAGUCCAGCACCUUCUCCUAGAGUAGUACCACCUUCUCCACAUUCUGCGUCUCCUUGUAUUACCGAUGACGAAUUAAUGGAUGAAGCACUUGUUGGGAUAGGUAAAUGAAGGUUACUUAAAACUUAGCUACUUAAUUCCAACGAUUUUCUGACUCAGAUUAACGAGAAGCAUGUAUAUAGGCGAGCCCUCAUCUUGCACUUCAAAAAUACUUAUGUAUCGAGUAUUGAGUUCCUACAAUAUAUGUUCGGUCAAUUUACUCGUGCAUUUUGAUACUUUUGAUGUCUAAGAAUGAUGCGCUCUCCUUUCAAAUAAUCUGUGGCCAAAGUGCACUUCUAGUUGUUAAUUUUGGAAAGUUGCCUUUUAUAUUUGGAUUCUGCAUUUGGGACACAGAAUUUAUAAACCUUGUAGACAAUCAUUUCAGAGUUUAGCUUGCGUUAAGAAAUCAAGUACUGAUGUAAUAUGGAACUGAUUAUUUCACGUCCAAUAGUCCUUUCACGUAGCUUGACAAAUGGUUGUCAGACAAUACAAUUUCAAAAACCUAAAUGUCUUACUUACCACUAUAUAGUUUCCAAUCGAAAUUGGCAACAGAUAUCUAUCAGGUAUUACGAUUGGACGGAAUUUUAUUAAUUCUUUUAAUUUGUAGCUAAGGUAAUGAGUCACAAAUCGAAACGAUUAUAGUUAUAGGUAAUCAGUGCUGCCAUAGGGGAGUUAACUGUGUAUCGAAGAUUAAGAAGGUAUUGUAUUCUAAUGGGGAAUCUAAGCGACUGGUACAAACGUAAUAUUUUCAAGAUAUAUGACACGAGUGAAGUGAUAAUGUAAACCAUACUAGGUUGAUUGGGCCACAUAUUCCUCAUGAUUUAUAAUAUAAAAUUUAGCAAUGCUGAAUUGUACAGUAUAUGAAUAAUCAUAAUCAGGAAAAUGAAAAAGGAAAAAAGUCUUCGUGUUGACCGACAUGUGGAGAGAUAUCUUGUUAUUAUAUGUGUACUGAAAAAAAGCAAAUAAUAACUUAGUUUUUAAUCUUUAUUUAUUUCUUUUUGCUCAUUUCUGCAUUAACGGUUCAUCGCAUAGAAAAUAUUAAUGUCCUAACUGAUGAUUAAUAAUUCAUGUUGCGCAUAAUUUGUAAAUACAAGACAGUAAAAUUCAUGAGUAAUGUUAAUAGUUAUAUAUUUUCAUUUGGACGUUAUGUUUUUGAAGUUCAGUUCUCUUAAGUACUACCAGUAGGCUCGCUUAUUUAAUUGUAAGUAAUAUUCUAAAAGGUGUCUCUCCUAUAUAAUUGUUUUCUAUUUUUUUUUUUUUUUUUUUUAUUUUAAUACUGUACCAUGUGAAGGAU